AAAGAGAGAGAGAAAAUAAGACCAAUAGCCCAAAGUUUAAAACUCAUGGGAUGAUGAAUACUGAAGGGAGAACGCUUUUGUCUCCACCAUGGCUGAGUUGAUUCAGGGAGAAGUGGAGAAAUAUCAACAGCUACAGCAGGACUUGAGUAAAUCCAUGUCAGGGCGGCAGAAGCUUGAAGCACAACUAACAGAAAAUAAUAUCGUGAAGGAGGAACUGGCCCUGCUGGAUGGGUCCAACGUGGUCUUUAAACUUCUGGGCCCCGUGCUGGUCAAACAGGAGCUGGGGGAGGCUCGAGCCACAGUGGGGAAGAGACUGGAUUAUAUCACAGCUAAAAUUAAGCGGUAUGAAUCCCAGCUCCGCGACCUGGAGCGGCAGUCAGAGCAACAGAGGGAGACCCUUGCGCAGCUGCAGCAGGCGUUCCAGCGGGCCCAGGCAGCAAAGGCAGGGGCUCCUGGAAAAGCCUGACCCCGUGGCGGGGGGAUGGGAGGAGAGGGACCGAGGCAGCUCUAGGGUGUAUAUUAUAGCCAAUAAAAUGUGAAAACACCUGGCAAAAAACACACACAAAAAAACUCAUGGGAUGAAGCUAGAAAGGAGCAAAUACUAAAACUACUUUGACCCAAAUAUCUAUCCUUCUCCAGGGUCUCAUUUUUCCCUGAGCACCUUUCUCCCUCUGUCCCAUCUCCCUAGGCUCUUUCUGGCCACACACCAAAC